GGUGAAGGACGCCGUGGAAUCGGCGGCGGAUGCUCAGCGCUCCAACUCCGGGACCGAUCGGCCCCACUACCCCGCCAUUUUCAUGCGGGGACGGAUUAGCCGUCCCCGUCGCAUGCUCUGAUUCGCCGUCACCACGACUUACCCGAUCAAGAUAGGGCUGCGAUCGCGUUAGGUCGCAUGCCCAAACCCCUCGUCCUACCUACUCGCCACCCUUGCGAAUCUCUCGUGGAUCCUGUCAGCUGGCUGCUUCCCUCCAAGCCUCGUCCCCUUCAAAGCGCCCUUGACGGGUUUUCGUGCGCGCGCUCUCUCCAGAAGCCACUAGCAUCAUGUUCGCUGGGCAGUUCUCCUCGUCAGCGGGGAGGAAUCCUCCGCGUGCGCCGUCGUCGACCACAACGACGACGACGACGACGACGACGACGACUGCAUCCGCUUCUCAGCAUCUCAGCGCCUCCAGCGCGACGCGCGGCCAGCACUCCAAAUCGUCCAACACAUCCAUAUCCGGGGUGCCGCAGGCCCCAAACAUCGCCCAGCAUGCCCCAGCUGCACCCCCAUCAUCGGCCUCACCACCUCAACUGCAUCAGACCCUUCCCAGCGAGGAUCAGGAGCGCCACGUCUCGGAAGCGCGCGCAGCCGUCGUCGCAUCCAUUGGAAACAUGCUCGACGGCGAGCUGCAGACGCGCGCCCGCAUGCUGCACUCUGGCGCCGCGGCGCUGGACAAGCAGGAGCGGGAUGUCAUGAAUGCGACGGAGGCGCUGCGCAAGGAAAACGACAAACUGGCGCGGUUCGCAGGGGACGCGGCACGUCGGGUCAAGGAGCUAGGCAACGUGCAGAACUGGGCCGAGGUGCUCGAGAGGGACUUCCUGGUGCUCGAGGAGACGUUUCGGCUGGUGAGAGAGGGGAGCUGCGGGAGCGACUGCGAGAGCUGCGGGAGUGGUAGUUGGAGUGGAAGCGGGAGCUGGAGCGGGAGCGAGGUCGGUGACGGUGAGAGGGAUGUGAGGAUGGGGGAGGAGAAUGGUGGUAAGGGUUUGGAUAAGGGGAAGAUGAAGUUGGGUCAGGAUGGGUUUGAUGCCGAGGCGAUGGAGGUCGAUGGGGACCAUGGGGACUGCUCGGAGAGUAUGACUGAAGCCGAGUCAAGCGAAGGCACUGAGGGGCGGGCGAAGGGGUCAGAGACGACGUCGAUUUCAACCUUUUGAUUCAUGAAUAUCUGGGAAGCACACAAUACCUCUUAACAACUAGACGAUGAUUACGACGCUUCACGACUGGAUUGAACUCGCACUGUAAUAAGGAAUC